GCUGGAUGGACGGACGGACGGCUGGGCGGGCCCGGGGCCGCUCCAGGUGCCGCGGCCGCGGCGUUGCCGGGCGACGGGCGGCCGCUGUCGCUCCCUGCCCGCGGCUCUCCCGUUCUCCCCGCGGCCCCGGCACGGCUGGCAGCAGGACAUGGUACAAUUAAAUAACACUAUGAGCACCUAUCAGUCAAGAUAAAUGAAGAUAAACAGCUGUGACUACUAAAUUAAAAUCUCUGUAGGAGAGGAAUGGGAAAUGAUGCAGAACAGCAGUGGCAUUGGAAGAAAAGCAUGUUGAGAUGGACCUGAAGUGGAGUCCUGACAGAGUGUCUCAUCCAGGCUCAUCUGAAGACCAGGAAACUGAUGUGAAUUGGCAAGGCAACUCAAAUCCCAGUCUGCUGAUUAAAGAUGAUGGAGAGCUGCUUAUGGAUGAACAUCUUUCCCCCAGGAAACUGAAAAUUUUGGCAGGGGUAGAUGAUCUGCAGCAAGUGAAGGCCCUAGAGAUGCGAGUAGACACGAGAGAGAUCAGCUUGGGGAACUUUGGUGUGCAUCUGCCUAAUCUGAGAGAACUGAAGUUGAACAAUAGCUUGCUUGUAUCUGUGAGGGAUCUUGGAACCUCAUUGUCCCAUCUCCAUGUCCUGUGGAUGGCUCGGUGUGGGCUCUCAGAUUUAGAUGGGAUCUCUUCCUGCAGCUCUCUAAAAGAACUCUACAUUGCUUAUAACAACAUCUCUGACCUGAGCCAGCUGACCUGGCUGGAUCACCUGGAGGUUUUGGACCUGGAAGGGAACAAUAUUGAGGACAUCAACCAGGUGCAGUACCUGCGACUUUGUUGCAAGCUAAGCCACCUGACAGUGGAGGGCAACCUUAUUUGCCUGAAGCCAAAUGCAGAAUCUGCAGAGGACCCAGACUAUAAUUACAGAGCAGAAGUAAAAAAACUCAUUCCCCACCUGAAGUAUUUGGAUGGAAUACCAGCAAGCCAGACUACUCUCCUUCCUUCCAAGAAGAUGCAUGAAGAUUCUCUAAUCAUCAAGGAAUCCAUCAAGGAAGGUGGUUUAGCCAAAGACAUUUCAUCAUUAGAUCCGUAUCUUGGGGAAGUAGCAAAGCAGUCUGGAUGCAGCCCAAAACCCCCAACAACUUCCAGACCUGGAAAUGCACAGUGUUCUGCUAAUGUAGGGAUUUGUAGUGAUGCCAGCCUCUUGGCCGGUGGCUGUCCUCUUCCAGAUCCCACUGUUUUUCCUGAUAAGCUGUUCACAAAAGAUGACUCCAGUGAUUUGACACAUGGACUCCGUCAAGUCAUAUGUGGGAACCCCGCCAAGGCCCUCCAUGUGAGGAGGCAAAAGCUAGGUCCACCUGCUGUGAGCCCUUUGAAACCGUCUGGUCUGAUGACAGAAAACCUCUGUGGCUCUGGAGGAGGAAGAGAUCUGCACCAGGAAAAGGUGUCCUCUGACCUGGGAGCAUGGACGGAGCAGCACAAGGGGUGCCUGCAAACAGGUCAGCAAGAACAAGCCAGCCAAGUACUGAAGGUGAAUAAAGGCGAAGACUGGGGCCUGUGGAGCCUGGCUGACAGCUUAGAAAAUGAGUUGAGGGAGGCCUGUGAUGAGGACCUCAUUGAAAGGAUUUCACUUGACCCUUCUUCUCACUCCUCCUCAGGUUCAUCACAGGCUCAGGAGGGUGCAGUGUUCUCCAACACAAAACGUUAUCUAAUUCCAUCCCCUCCAAAAAACCCUUCACCUGCCUCUGCAGUGGAUGUUGCAGCAAGACCCUGGAAAACAAGGAACCACAGGAGUAUAAAAAUACCCAGCCUAGAGGAGAACAGACAAUGUACACAGAAAUGCCAGUCCAAAGCUCAUCAAGAGAAUUCAGCCCAGCCUCAGGACAAAGAGCCCACUCUCCUGGGCCUGCACAGCACAGUGGCUGCCUCUGGAUCCCAAGGGCAGCGCCAGGCUGUGGGCUGCACCAGCCAGCCAAGGCUCAUUCCAGCAGCUGUUAGGUUACCAAGGAUCAGGCCCAUCAUGGAUGAGAGCUCUUCUGAAGGGAUCAACCACCAGCAUCCAGCUGCCUGCUCAUCCACAAAGGCCUCGCAGAGGUUUAGGCCAAUGAAUUCUGCUUGGCCCCUGACUGCCAGGUCCAUUCUGCAGUCAUUGCCACACAAAUCCACUGCCACAAAAACAUCUCAGAACAGAAGUCCUCAGUCCUAGAAGGUACCCAGUUGCCAGCAUGUGUUGGAGCCAUGUACACAGUGCAGCCGUGAAGGAUCAAUGCUAUCUUGCAGCUUCUUCUGCAAGCUAAACACAGAGCAGUUCAAACAAUUAAUGUGAUUUGCCUCAAUUCAGGAUACAGCUGCUCCAGAAAUAUUUUAAGAGCAACCACUGAUCAACCAAUGAGCUAAUGAACGUCUUAUUACAGAAAAAUGUGGUUA